AUGACCUCCCGCCUCCGCCUCCCAACCCUCCUCCUCACCUCCCUGUCCAUAGGCCUCAAUCUCGCCAUCCUCGGCACCGCAGCCCGCUCCCUGCACGUCUACAACUCCCAACGCACCACAAACGUCUACUUCCUCCCCGUCUGGUCCGGCCACUUCGACACCCGCGAACUCUCCGCCCUCAUCGGAACCUCCGCCGUCAUCUUCCUCCUCAACGCCGUCGUCCUGGUAUCCUUGUUCGUCACAGCCGUGAGUCCUCCCCCCCCCCGAACCCGACGUCUCUCAAAAGUUUCCGGUCUUCUAACCAACUCGAGCUCGCCUUCUUAGCUCCCAGCAAACGCCCUCAUCCUCCUCUCCACAACCCUCUCCACCCUCCUCUCCCUCAUCGCCCUCAUCUUCUCCUCGGUCCUGAAUACCCGCCAUCCCGCCGACCGCGCCACCCUGCAAUCCUGGACGUGUACCUGGCAUUCCAUCCCGAAUCAGAACGUCCCGAGACAAUACGAUACACUAUGCCAUGAAACCGUACGCACGCAUCUCCCCUCCCUUCUUCUCCUUCCUCCUCCCUUUUCACCUCCACCUCCACUAAACUUCUUCCAAACAGCGCUUCGCCUUCUACACCACCAUCCCUUCCUUCCUGCUCCAACUCCUCCUCCUCUCCCUGGCCACCACCACCCUCUUCUCCUCGCGGAGACAACACUCCAACAUUCGCCUCGACGAAGAGAAAGAUCAUCAUGAAUUGGCCUCUCGACGCCCGCAAUCCUUCGAUACGAAAGCGACCGAGGCGAGUCUCCCCGAGAGCAUGAGAGUCGUAGCUCCGAAGCAGGAAUUCCGGUAG